AAAAGAAAAAAAAUCGUAUCCUUUUAAAGCCCCCGCAACAUUUUCUCUCAAACAAGAAUAACAUCAACAAAAUGACAAAUCUUCCUUCCCUAUCCUUUUUUUCUUUUUUUGAAACACAAUCUUCCCUAUCCCUUCCUAUAUAUUUUUGCUAACUAUAAUGUAUCUCGUUUCAUCUCUUUGAGUGUUUCUUUAAAUUCCGUCUAGAUUUCUGAACUGUCUGCCGUAGCUAAUCGGAGCUCUCACUAUUCCCCUUUUUCUUCCACACGCAAUCUAUAACAGUAAAGAAGAAAUGGAUCCAACGGAGCUCAAACGCGUGUUCCAAAUGUUUGACAAGAACGGUGACGGUUCAAUUACGAACAAAGAGCUGAGCGAGACGUUACGAAGCCUAGGGAUUCAUAUCUCCGACAAGGAGUUGACUCAAAUGAUGGAGAAGAUUGACGUGAAUGGUGAUGGGUGCGUAGAUAUAGACGAGUUUGGGGAGCUUUACAAGACGAUAAUGGACGAGGAAGACGAAGAAGAAGAGGACAUGAAGGAAGCUUUCAAUGUGUUUGAUCAGAACGGAGAUGGGUUUAUAACGGUAGAUGAACUGAAGACGGUUUUGUCGUCCUUGGGGCUCAAGCAAGGUAAGACAUUGGACGAUUGUAAAAAGAUGAUUAAGAAAGUGGAUGUUGAUGGUGAUGGUAGGGUCAAUUACAAGGAGUUUAGACAAAUGAUGAAAGGUGGUGGUUUUAGCGCUUUGAACUAAUGUUUUUUUGU